AUGUGUGCGAAGGAUUCAUGGGAUGGGACUUAUCGCAGGAUUGAUAAACCUUUUCGAUAUCCACAAAUCUACGUGGCGGAUGGCAUGAACCGGGCACCAUUCGACCCCAUUCAGAUGCCAGGAUGCCAGCAGAAACCUCGGCCCCUGACAGCCAAGGACGUGAUGGGGAGGGGAGCAGCGAUCGAAAAGAUGGAAGGUGAUAGCACUGAAGCUGCGCUUGCCAAGCCCAACAAUAAUUUCGCCCUCGCGUUGUUCACUGAGAACAAACGCAGGAAGACUUUCAACUGUGUUUCUGCAAUAGCUGCUUACGUGGAUGUGGCCGAGUUCGUCAGGUGGGGAUUCUAUCUGGACGUUGAUCUAAAGACCGCAUCGAAGUUACAGGACAACUUGGAAGAAUUAUCAAAGCUCAUCGUAUGCUGUGCAUUUUGCCGAGGGAAAUGCCGUUUGAAGACCUUCUUCAUCACCAGCGAAUCGAGUGAAACCAUUCGUCUGCGACAUCGUCACUUACCUCCUAGCUACGAAGCGUAUUCAAAUACUGGCAAAUGUUUUUCGAAUGUGGAAUUUUCAUCUCGUGCUCUGAGCAAGGGUUAUCCAUCCGACGAUGAAGAUUUCAACCCAAACCGGAAGAAGAUGCUUUCUAAUGCCAAUCGACUCUGCUCGCUCGAGUUCUUUCCGAAGAGAUACAUUGUAUCUACUGAUGAAAUGGCAAGAUGGGGUCAAUAUUAUACCGGGAUCCGCGAUGAAACAGCUUGUAUUUUUUGUCGUUUGAUCAUUCACAACUGGGAAUACGGAGACAAUCCGUACGAGGAACACCACGCUUCUUCAGAGCUAAUCGUUGAGGAAGACGUGGAUUUCCACCAUUUGUCCGGAGUAGACGCGCAAGGAGGGGAGAAAUAAAAAGCAUUGUCCUCAAUCGCCUCAACUGCUACAUAUGUAUACCAACUCGGAUCGGUUCAAAUAUAUAUGUUCAUCUGUAUAUACGACACACUUUGAUUCAUGCUUAAUCUUGUUAAUAAAGCA